GAUACUUUUUAAGAUAAAAUAAUUCUAAAGAUAGAUUGAUUUUCACAAAAAAAAAAAAUGCUAUCAACAAAAGCAAUACAAGAGAGAAAAAAACUUCAAGUCGCCAUUUUAGGUGGAGGAAGUUGGGGAACAGCUAUAUCACGUAUCGUGGCUAAAAAUGCGGAGAAAUAUUCAAUUUUCUCGUCUUCCGUGUACAUGUGGAUUCGUAAUGAAUUAUUUAAAGAAGAACAGCUUACAGAGUAUAUGAACCGCGAGCAUGAGAAUCCCAAAUAUUUACCAGGAAUUAAAUUACCUACAAAUCUAAUAGUGAUUUCCGACUUUUCUUUACUAGAUACGGCAGAUUUACUUAUCUUUGCAGUUCCCCAUCAAUAUUUGGAAAAUCUUGUCAUACAACUUAAAGGUUGCGUAUCACCCAAAGCACAUGGUAUAAGCUUAAUCAAAGGAUUAGGUGUAAGAGAUGGUUCUCCUUUUUUGUUUUCAAAUGUUAUUCAUGAACAACUUGGUAUAACUUGUAGCGUUUUAUCGGGUGCUAAUGUCGCUUUAAAUAUAGCACGUAAUGAAUUUUCGGAAACCACUAUUGGGUAUCCUUUAGAUAAUGUUGAAAUAGCCAGCGUGUGGCAAAGAUUAUUUGAUGAUGCAACUUUUAAAGUGAAUUGUUUACCGGAUAUUAAAGGCAUUGAAAUAUGUGGAGCACUUAAAAAUGUGAUUGCUUUGGGUGCUGGCUUUUGUGAUGGAAUGAAAUUAGGAUCGAAUACAAAAGCUGCUAUCAUUCGUAUAGGAUUUGAAGAAAUGCGUUUUUUCGCUUCAUAUUUUUUCUCACCUAUCUUUUUUGAAACGUUUUUUGAUAGUGCCGGUUAUCCCGAUGUCAUAACAACAUGUUUUGGAGGACGUAAUGUGAAAUGUGCUGAAGCUUUUAUUCAAUCUGAAAAUGGUAAAGAUUGGACUGUUUUAGAAUCCACCAUGCUGAAUGGUCAAAAAUUACAAGGCCCACCUACAUGCUCCGAUGUUUAUAAAGUGAUUUGCCAUCAUCAUUUACAAAAAAAAAUGCCUUUUUUUGUUACUGUUUAUGAAAUCUCUUUUAAUCAUUUAAACCCACAAGAAUUAAUUCAUCGCUUUACUACUAAUACUUUACGAGUUAUUCAAUAUGUUGCGGAUUGUACACCUUUAAGACAUACGUUGGCAUAAAAAUUCAUUGACUUUUGGGGGCAUUCCUCUAUACAGUAUUCCUUUGUUUACACUCAAUGACCUCCCUUCCAUAAAGUAAUUUAUUUAUCAUUUGUCAAAAUUUUUUUUUUACAAUGAUAUUUUUUUUUUUCUUACUUGUUUUGGCUCUUCUUGUUAAAUCGCUUUUAUUUGAAAAAAGCAAAACGGAUAUAUUACAAAAAUUUAUCAUUUUCUGUGUUCUCUUCAUUGGCAUUGCUUGGAACAACAUGACUAUUGCUUGGCUCAACUCCAUUAUUUUCUUCUUCACAUCGAUCAAUCCAUUCCGAAUAAAUAUCAAUAGGUUCUGUUAAUG